UGUCGCUCUCUGUGAGGUGAAGUCUACUCUUAAUGUAGUCCAGUUUGACGUAACUAUUAUUUGAAAAAAAAAGACAUAAGUCCAAAGUGAGAGAGAGAGAGACAACUAAAAGAAAAGAAAAGGGAAACGCUAUCAACACCAGAAGAUUAAAAAACCCGAAGGAAAAUAGUAAUAAAAGGUCAAAAUGGGUAGUUUCUUAGGACACAUUCUACCGGGUUCAUUCUUCUUUGCGUUCGGCAUGUGGUGGGUCUACAAUAUAUUCUUUAGGUAUUUCCUUUGUUUACGUGGAGGUGGUGAAAAACUGGAGAAGACGGUACAGAAGCACGCCAACUUUUAGUUCACGCUGCUGUUCAAAGAUCCCAAUGGAAGCUUUUUUUAAAAUCGCGGCGACAACUAUCGGCAUUGCAGGCGAGUUCGUGACAGCCUUCAAGAACGGCAAAUUCACUCAUCUAAACAACGCACAGCACAUGACGAUGUACUUCUUCUUCGGGCUCAACGGUAUCAUGGAUUUGGCACAGCACUACCGUCUUCCAGUGCCUCCUGAUGCCGAUUAUGUGUCUGCCGUGUUGGCUUUUAUGGCAGAAGGGGUGCUGUUCUAUUAUCAUUUGCAUGGACGCACGCAGUACACAUGUUUCUGUUCUAUCUGAUCACAUUCUGUGCUGUCUCCACCAUCGCCGAAAUGUGUCGAAAAUCCAACGUUCUGCCAGCCCUAUGUCGGGCAUUUUUCACUCUGUACCAGGGCACGUGGUUCAUCCAAGUGGGGUUCCUUCUCUACCCUCCCCUGGGAAUGACAAAGUGGGACGAAGAGGACCACGGCCAGAUGAUGAUCGUGACCCUGAUCUUCUGCUGGCACGCUGCCCUCAUCUUCAUAGGCAUGGCACUCGUGGGACGCCUGGCACACACGAGGGUCAAGUGCAUGAAUGAGUCCACCGUGUAUGAAAGCCUGCACGGUCUUCAGGGGAUGGUGAGAAUGGACCCCGAGCAAGUCAGACGCAUGAUUUCGGACGAGUCGGAGGCUGAGGAAGGGGUCUAGAGCCAGCAAGGACGCCAUGGAGAAUCGACGGAGAAGGACGCAGGGGAAAGUAGGGAUAUCUUGCCCUUUCUUCGAAACGCAAGACGAAGAGGUGAAAGCGAUGAAGGGGGAAAAAGACUAAUGAAGAAAUAUAGACGACGGCAAGGAAGAACGAAGAUGAAUGA